AGACUUCGUGGAAUACAUGUAGUCAUUAUAUUUUUAUCAGAUCUUUAAUAUUUCAUAUUUUAUUUCAUAUUUUAUCAACAUCACUAUAUAAAUACAUGGUUUUUUAUUCGUAUCAACAUUUUUCGAGAUGAAGUCGAUCGUGGUUGUUUUAUUGAGCCUAAUUUCCUUGGCACUUGUUGCUUGCGAUGAUUCAGUUAGUACUUCGACAGACACUCCGGUAAUAUCAACAGAGGUACCAGCACCGAUAUCGACAAGCCUUCGUGAAGAUAGAGUUUACGUAGACACUUCAAAUGUUCCCGACCCAGUCUACCAGAUAGAUGCCGUGGAAGCAUUCAAAGAAGCUAAGGCACUUCAUCCAGUUGACGGUAUAGCUUUGUUAAAAACAUUCUCCGAGUUGUUUAACGCCAAACAUAAAGUAUCUGGAGGAUGGAAAGUUGCUGAAAAAUAUGACUACUUUUACAAUCCAAAUAUAAACUACGUGUAUGUUGCAUUGGGAGUUAUAGAUGCUAAUGGAGAUAGGCUUGUUCUGAUAUUUAACUAAAAAAAUAAACCAUUUUAAUUGUUAACUCUCAGCUUUUAUUUCGACUUUCCAAAUAAAGAAACAUAAUUCGA